AUGGACAAAUAUCUCCGAACGUGGCGGCAAGACUCCCUCAACAAGGGCCAGCACGAUGCAGCCAUCUAUAUUGGAGACAAGGUUCUUGCCCUGACCAACAAUGAUGCCGACGCCUUCUGGCUGGCUCAAGUCCAUUUUGGCCACAACAACUUUACCCGUGCCCUGGCUCUGCUUCUUCGAAAGGACCUGAUCAAUCGGAGUCUCUCCUGUCGAUACCUGGCUGCCCAUUGCUACGUCAAGCAAGGCAGAUACGACCAAGCACUUGCCAUCCUCGGCGAGGAAAACCCCACGCACUUGAUCACCACCUCCCACAAUGCCAGAAGAAAGCUGGCACAUACCAAUGGCCACUCCCAGAGAAAUAUCACGCAAAGAGGAGUCAAAGCCCAGAGAGAUAGGAUCGAAUUCAGCGAAGAAAGAGAACGGGACAGAGAAUCAGAAAAAGAACUGAAAUUCCAAGCGGGCAUGUGCUAUCUGCGCGGCCUGUGCUUUGCGAAACGCAAUGCCUUUGACCGGGCACGAGACUGCUACAAAGAUGCUGUUCGAAUAGACGUACAGUGCUUCGAAGCCUUUGACCAGCUCAUGAAGAAUUCCCUCAUGACGCCUGCCGAGGAGUUGGCCUUUCUCGAAGAGUUGGAUUUCGACUCAAUACGCAUUGAAGACCAAUCCAUGGCACAGGAGGCAGCUCACUUCACAAAGCUCUUGUACACAACCCGCUUGUCCAAAUACUCGGCUCCCGAAACCCUCGCCAACGCUACCGAAACCCUGUCAACCCAUUACAACCUGGCCUCCAAUCCAGACCUGCUCUUGACUCGAGCAGAGACCCUCUAUACCCAAUGUCGUUUUCACGACGCCCUCAAAAUCACGACGAGCAUCCUCAACUCGCAAAAUAGCCCUGACGGCUCGGUUGACGCCUCGUCAAGCAACACCAAUGCUUCGCUUGGUCAUAGUCCACGCCUCUAUCCCUUACAUCUCGCUCUCUUGUACGAGACAGGCUCUCACAACACUCUGUUCCAUCUUUCCCACACCCUGGCAGCUCAUGCUCCUCACGAAUCGUACACUUAUCUGGCCAUUGGCACGUACUAUCUAUCAACGUACCGCAUUCCUGAAGCCCGCCGAUUCUUUUCCAAAGCCUCGCUCAUGGAUCCCCACUCAGCCGCAGCAUGGAUUGGAUUUGCCCAUACAUUUGCGGCCGAGGGUGAGCACGAUCAGGCCAUUGCAGCCUACUCGACGGCAGCAAGGUUAUUCCAGGGGAGCCACUUGCCCCAGCUGUUCCUAGGUAUGCAGCACCUGGCUCUAAACAACAUGCGGCUCGCCUGGGAAUACUGCCUCGCCGCAUUCCAAAUGAGCAGUGGUACCCCCAAGUCGGGCUCGGAGGAUGAUUUGGCCAACACCAUAUUCAACAAUACUGCUACUCUGGGUGGCGAUCCCCUGGUGCUUAACGAGAUUGGGGUCAUAUUGUACCACCAGUCCAAUCUGCCAGCCGCUGCAAAGCUCUUUCUCAAAUCCCUCCAACUGGCCUCCGACUUGGGAUGCAACAUGACUGCAUGGGUUGCUACAAGGGCAAAUCUAGCACAUUCAUUGAGACGGAUGGGGAGAUUUGAAGAGGCGCUCGCGGAAUUUGAUGAGUGCUUGAGAACCGCCACUGGAGGAGCAGCUCCUGCCUCAGCCUACGAGCCAGGACGGGGAAUGACGGCCUUUGCUCAUCUUAGCCUCGCCGACGUCAGUACAGGCCUCAGUCCUAGCGGAGCAGCUAGUGGCUACGACGAGCGUAAUCUCAUUGGAAGCAUCCAAACCAGUCGCGGCUUGGUCCUUCUCAGCAUGGUCGGGCGCACCAAAGAAGCGGUAAUGGCUCUUCAUGAGGCUGUCCGAAUCCUAGGUGGCGAUGCCGGCGGCGGUGGUGUCGCUGGGACGUUACUGAGUCGUGCGUUGAAAUUCUGGGCUCUGGAAGAGAGUCAAGAUCUCGACGACGUCGAGACCACGGCACAGCAAGACGCGUCAGAACCUGUAUCACAAAUUGGCACGAGGUCGAGGCGGAGAGGUAAGGAGGCUGUAGCAUCAGCCACAUCAACAGGCCCAAUGAGUAACGAACAGAAAAUUGAGCAACGAAUGGACGGACAUGCAAAUGAUAUUUUGAAUGCCGCAAUGGGACAUGUACGAUGA